AUGCACACACACUUUCAAGAUGGUGACUGGCAAGCCGCCAUUGAGCGAUAUAAUGUUUCAGUCGCACUACCAAAAGAGUUGAUCGUACCAGGUUUGGAUAAAACGAGAAAGACGUUAAGUGGAAAUAUUCCAAAUGAUCAGCCAAAUGUGGCAGGCAAAUCAUUCGAGCAAGUAUUGAGCGAAAGCAAAUCCGCCGAAGCUACAAAGUUACGAGAUGCAAUCGUACAAGGUCGUUGGACUGUAACACAAGUUAUGGAAGCGUUCCUCGUCAAAGCAGCAUUGGCUCAACAAGUUUUGGGCUGCUAUGCAGAGAUCUACUUUGAUCGUUCCUUACAGCGUGCUAAGGAAUUGGAUGCGUUAUUGACUAAAUCCAAAGAUGUUGCUCAAUUGGGAAGCUUGUUCGGAGUGCCAAUUAGCAUCAAAGCACAUUUGGGAUUGGAGGGUUCAGGUAGUGAUCGUGGCUUCGUAUUCGACGUUUUAGAUCAAGAAAGCACUGAUGCGAUCCUCACACGGGAAGAAUCAAAGUCAAAAGAUGAUCCCAGUCGUUUGACUGACAGUACACUUGCACUUCUUCGUAAACAAGGCACGCAUGUACAGACGGUCACUGGACAUGCAAUCUCCAUGUUAUUGGAGCAAGGAGCAAUCAUAAUCGCAAAAACAACCAUGCCGCAAAGUAUCAUGCAGCUGGAUACUAGAAGCAACCUACAUGGUCAAACCCUCAACCCACGCAACGUUCAUCUCAGCCCAGGUGGCAGUAGUGGAGGAGAGGCAGCUUCAGUGAGCAGUGGUGCGACACUUUUGGGUGUUGGUACCGAUAUAGGAGGAUCUGUUCGACAACCGGCAGCAUGUGUAGGCCUGUAUGGCUUGCGUCCCACGAUAGGAAGGAUCAACAAUUCAGGCACAAGAACGACAAUGCUAGGCAAUGAAGGUAUUCUCGGAACUAUGGGACCAUUCGCACGUUCUUUGCAGGAUUUGGAAUUGCUCACUUCCGUUCUUGUCAAAGAUUCGACAAGAUCUGAUCCUCAUCUUUGCCCGCCACUUCCUUGGACAGGAUUUCAAAAACCGACUGUAGAUGCUGGUAAGAAGCUCAACGUUGGUGUUCUGCUCGACGAUGGCUUUGUUCAACCUAUCACACCAAUUCGCAGAGCAAUGCAUGAUGUGAUCGAAAAGUUGCAAGCGUCGGGAAAGGUCAAUAUUGUUUAUGUAAAUCCUGCAGACUACGGUGAAAGAGGUUGGUGGAUGGCGAGACAGCUAUAUUUCAUGGAAAAUGGAGAAUUGUUGCGCUCCUUGGCCUCCUUAACAGGCGAGCCACUGAUGAAGUUGACAGAGUAUGUCUUUUCUCCUCCGGUUCAUCUUCAUUCUGCUUCCGAUAUUUGGCUGUUGCAAUAUCAACGUGAAGCCUUCAAGAAACAAUUUUGGCAGCACGUUUUCGUGAACGGAGGAGGUAAACAAGCAUUAGCACAACCGUUGGAUGUUCUGCUUUGUCCUGCAGCAGCACUAGCAGCUGCAAGACCACAACAAAUCUAUUAUUGGGGUUACACUUCUCUAUUUAAUCUUACCGAUUUGCCUGGUGUCACUUUCCCCGUUGCAGGAUAUGCUGCCCAAGCAGAAAAGGAUAAAGCGUUUGAAGCGACAAAAGGUGGAAAGUUGAAGCCAUCUAUUAGCGAUUUAGACCAGGGCACAAUUAAGGAAUAUGAAACAUAUCGGGAAGUGUUUGAGAAUGCUCCAAUCGGCCUGCAAUUAAUUGGACAUCGAUUCCGCGAAGAAGAGCUUUUGGGCACACUUGCAAUGGUGGAAGACAUCAUUGGCAACAAGAAGUAGAAUACGCAAUUGUCAUAAAGAAUAUCAUUGAUGAAAUAUAUAUAGCCUGUACAUGCAUGAAAUUGGAUGUGUCAUCUGGAGUGGA